AUGCCCACCAAGAGCGGCAGUGCCGUGCCCGCCGGCAAUAAAGAGUUCGACCCUGAGAUUGUCGACAUUGCGAGCUAUGUCCACAAUUCUAAAAUUGACUCCGCCCUCGCCUUUGAUACGGCCCGCUUGGUCUUUCUUGACACCCUAGGCUGCGGUCUGAAAGCUCUCGAGUUUCCAGAGUGCACCAAGCUCCUCGGUCCGGUCGUCGAGGGCACCACUGUCCCCAAUGGCACUCGCGUGCCCGGUACCCCGUACCAGCUCGACCCUGUGCGCGGUGCCUUCAACAUUGGUGCAAUGAUCCGCUGGCUUGACUUUAACGACUGCUGGCUCGCAGCCGAAUGGGGCCACCCUUCGGAUAACCUGGGCGCCAUCCUCGCCGUGGCUGACUGGAUCUCGCGCACGAACCGCGCCGGUGGCAAAUUGGGCAAUGGCAAGGUCUUGAAGAUCAAGGACGUGCUGGAGGCCAUGAUCAAAGCUCAUGAGAUCCAAGGCGUCAUGGCUCUAGAGAAUUCGUUCAACAAGGUUGGUCUGGAUCACGUCGUGCUGGUCAAGCUUGCGUCAACUGCCGUCGUCUCCAAGAUGCUCGGCCUCAACGAGGCGCAGACCCGUGACGCCAUCACUCAGGCCUGGGUUGACGGCCAGUCCAUGCGUACCUACCGCCACUCACCCAACACCAUGUCUCGCAAGUCGUGGGCUGCUGGUGAUGCCUGCGAGAGGGCCGUUAAUCUCGUCUUGAAGGUUCUCAAGGGCGAGGGCGGAAUGCCCACCGUGCUUUCCGCUCCCACCUGGGGCUUCUACGAUGUCAUGUUCAAGGGUGGUAAAUUCCAAUUCCAGCGGCCCUACGGCAGCUACAUUAUGGAGAACGUCCUGUUCAAGGUUUCCUACCCUGCCGAGUUCCACUCUCAGACCGCCGUUGAGGCCGCUCAGCGUUUGAACAAGAAGCUGGCCGCUAUGGGAAAGACUGCCGAGGACAUUGAGUCCGUGACCAACCGGACCCAUGAAGCCUGCAUUCGCAUCAUCGACAAGCAGCUGAAGCCCAUGGACAACUUUGCCGACCGUGACCACUGCGUCCAGUACAUGGUUGCAACCAUGUUUGUCUUCAACCGUCUUGAGGCCAGCGAUUACACCGAUGGCAGCGAGGCUGCUACAUCGCAGCUGGUCGAGUCUCUUCGCAAGCGCAUCUCUUGCGUCGAGGACCCACAGUUCACCAAGGACUACCAUGACCCGGCGAAGCGCACCAUCUCCAACGCCCUGACGGUCCGCCUCAAGGAUGGCACUACCCUCGAGGAGGAGGUUGUGGAGGCUCCGCUGGGCCACAGGUUGAGAAGAGAGGAGGCUAAGCCUCACAUUUUGGCCAAGUACAAGGCUCACUUGGCUCCGCACUACUCGGAGCAGAAGGUUAAUGAGCUGCUUGAGCUCGGUCAGGAUCAGAGCAAGUUGGAGCAGACUGACGUCGACAAGUAUGUCGAUCUCUAUGUAAAGAACUAA